AUUUUCAUCUUUCUUACUUAUCUUCUCACGCUUUCGGUAUCUUCAAAUUCACGGUAUUUCUUCACCAGUUUCGUACAGAUUAUCGAUCAUUUCACGUACCAGAUCAUCCACACGCCAACGCUAGAUUCCUUUAUUCCAUAAGCAAGUUUACUUUUUUUCUUUUUUAUUAAAGUACUUAGGGUUUUAUUCGAAUACCAACAUGGCUGAUGCGUUUGAAGAGGAAAAUGAGCAGACGGUUUCACUGAAUGAGUACCUUGAUGAAGUUGAAGAUCAGGAACUUGAAGCAGAUCUAGUUUUGGGUGGCGAUGAGGGAAAGGAGUGCACGUAUGUCAAAGGUUAUAUGAAGCGGCAGGCAAUUUUCUCGUGCUUAACAUGCGUUCCAGAAGGAAAUGCCGGUGUUUGCACCGCAUGUAGUUUGUCUUGCCAUGAUGGACACGAGAUUAUUGAACUUUGGACCAAGAGAAAGUUUAGGUGUGACUGCGGCAAUUCAAAAUUCGGAGAAUUCUACUGCAAACUGUUAGCAAGCAAAGAUAUCGAAAACGAAGAAAACUCGUACAAUCACAACUUCAAGGGUAAGUACUGUACCUGUGGUCGCCCGUAUCCCGAUCCAGACGUUGAGGAGCAAGUAGAGAUGAUUCAAUGCUGCAUGUGUGAAGAUUGGUUUCACGAAGAACAUCUCGGUCUUGAUUCCACUAUUAAGAUCCCGAGAGAUGAAGACGGAGAGCCUCUGUAUGAAGAUCUUAUUUGCCAUAUGUGCUCGCCAAUCUGUUCUUUUCUGACCCUGUACCCGAAAACAAUAUUUGCCGCACAUCAGGAACCAAAUUCCGCAACUCCUUCCAAAGAAAAAGGCGUUAUGCAAACCGCACCUUCUGCCGCUGGAUCUUCUACUAUGCCUGAAGAUGCAUGUUCAGAGCCUCUUACUGUAGAGCCUGCUAUACCUGAUAAUAACUCCAAAAGUGUGGGUGUUGAUGAUAAGGGUAAGUCUGAUGCAUGUCGUCUUGGUGUUGACCUGUCGUCUGCUGAGUUGACCUCGGAGAAAAGUCAACCGAUGUUUCUUGUUAAGAAUUGGAGGGAGGUGCUAUGUGGAUGUCAGAAGUGUUCGGAUUUCUAUGUUAAGAAGGGGAUCAGUUUCUUACUUGAUAAGGAAGAUUCAAUUGCGGAAUACGAGAAAAUAGCGAAGCAGAAACGGGAUGAGAAAAUGCAGCAACAAGAAGGGGCGGAAUUGAAUUUUCUCAGCAAUCUUGGGCAUGUGGAGAAAAUGGAAAUACUUUCCGGUAUUGCUGACAUGAAAGAUGAGAUCCGUUCGUUCCUGCAAUCCUUUGAUGGAUCAAAACCGAUCACAUCUGAAGACAUCCACCAAGUCUUUGACAACCUUAAGAAACGUCGACGAAUGGAGUGAUGUGGCAGGCAGCAACCAAAUGCAUGGGUGGUCUCUUUGGUUUGGUUGAUAGAUAAUGUUAAUCUUAAUGUUAAUUUGCACUUUGAAACUAAGGUUUUUAAGUCGUUUCUCGUAUCUAUAACGACUGGACUGGAUCCUUGUUCAGACAUGCUAUGUUUGUUGGAUGUGUUCUUGACUUGCAAGUUAAAAACUUUGACUUUGAUCUGCUUUUCGUGUAUUUACAUUAGCAGUA